UGUGCCCCGCCCCGUUGCCCGGGGUAACGCGGAGCAUCGAACCGCGGCCGGGCCUUGUCCCCGCAGCGCCGAGCGGCGGGUGGGAGCGCUCCUCGUUCCGCGUUACGGGACCAUCGUCCUAUUUGUGUCCCCGUUUUUUCCUCCUUCCCCGUUCAAUCCCUCGUGCAAACUCGCAGUCGGUGGCGGCUCCUGCCAUGGCCGUGUACGUGGAUCACCGAACGGAGGCUCCGGAUUCAGUCGCGUCCCCUUGUGUUAUAUCGUGGCACUCCGUUCAGCCCCUCCUGGCAGUCGCUUCUAUCAGCACAGCAUCGGGAGGCUGCGUGGACAUCUACCUGGAGCAGGGAGAACACGUUCCUGACGCUCACAUCGAGAGGAGCUCCCAGGUCACGUCGCUGUCCUGGCAGCCCUGCAGGCUGAUCCUGGCGGCUGGGUGGGACAAUGGAGAAGUUGUUGUACUUAACAAACACGACAAGGAGCUUCACGCUGCGCCGACAAACCACAGCGCCAGGAUCACCGUCCUGAACUGGAGCAGCAGCGGAUCCCGCCUGGUGUCUGGGGAUGGGCACGGCAUCUUGUUUCUAUGGAGAAUGGAUCAGCGAGGUCGAGUGCAAGGCCCUCCCUUGCUGAAACAUGAGUAUGGACAAUGUGUGUCACACUGCAUCUUCCGACCACCCCCUCCUGGAGAAGACUUCCUACAGCUGGCAAAAGCUGCUGUGAGCGGUGAUGAGAAAGCCUUGGAUAUGUUUAACUGGAGAAAAGCUGGAACAGAAGCACCUCUGAAAAUGGGACUCCAGGAAGGACUGUCCUUCUUUAUCACCUUGACUGACGGUUCUGUGCACUACGUGAAUGAGAAAGGAAAGACAAACCACGUAUUGUCAGCCGACAACCGUGUACAGAAGCUUCUGUUCAUGGAGAAAAAAGAUGCGUUAGUUGUGAUAACAGAGAACCUGCUGCUGUCCUUGCAUACAAUUACUCUCGAGGGAGAUGCCAAGGAGCUCAUGAAGGUGAAGUUGAGUGGGAAGACUGGUAAUUCUGCAGACAUCAUUUUAAUAGACCAUAGCCUUGUUGUUACAGCAAUGGGUGAGACGGUACUCAGGUUCUGGGAUUUGGACCGAGGUGAGAACUAUGUGCUCUCCCCAGAUGUGCAGUUUGGCUUUGAGGCUGGGGAGUGUAUGAACUGUGUUUCUUACUGCAGUGCUAAAGGUCUCCUAGCAGCUGGUACUAACAAAGGGAGAGUGGCCAUGUGGAGGAACACGUCAGUAUCCAGUCAGAGCACAGGGGAGGGCAAGGAGAAGUGGAAACUCCACGCAUCUACAGAACUUGAAGGAAAUAUCACUCAGAUAAAGUGGGGCUCGCGAAAGAACCUCCUGGCAGUGAACAGCAUCAGCUCUGUGGUCAUCCUCAGUGAGCAGGCCAUGUCAUGUCACUACAAUCAGCAAGUGGCUGCUGUGCAGGUGUCUCCCAGCCUGUUUAAUGUGACCUUCUUCAGCACAGGAACCACACACAAUCUUCAUGUUGAUAUGACUGUGAACGGAGUCUUCACUACUAAGGAUGCUGUGGUGUUCUGGAAUGGGAAGCAAGUUACUGUCUUUGAGUGCUCAGAAGAUACCUUAAGAAAUGCAGGCUCUUUCCUUUGUGACUCUCCAGUUCUGUCGAUGCAUGGAGAAAAUCUGUACACGGUUGAGCCGAAUCGGGUCCAAGUCCGUACCUGGCAGGGAACAGUUAAACAGCUUCUGGUGUUUUCUGAAGCAGAGGGGAAUCCGUGUCUCUUGGAUGUCUGUGGGAACUUCUUGGCUGUGGGAACCGAUUUGUCUCACUUUAAAAUCUUUGAUCUCUCUCGCAGAGAGGCAAAAGUGCACUGCAAUAGUAAGAAUUUCUCCGAGCUGUUUCCUGGCCUUGGAAAUAUUGCAUCUGUCAAGUGCAAUGCUAGCGGCAAUAAAGUCAGCAUCCUUGUCAGCAAGGCAGACGGGGGCACUGAUUCCAAGAUCUGUUUCUAUGACGUUGAAAUGGACAAAGUUACAGUGUUUGAUUUCAAAGCUGAGCAAGGAAUUGGUAGGGAAAAGCUUUCUUCUGGGAGUGGUAUUGACAGGCCUGUUGUGGAGCAUCCAGAGCUGCACAAUCACGUCCCUGUUUGCCAUUUCUGGGACUGCAAUGAACCGAGACUUUUUGUAUGUGAGACAAUUCUGGAGCCAGGUGCACGAUCCCCAAGUCAGAAGAGCAACCAGACUGAGAGCACGCUGGAUGUUUGGGUCGUGUCAUUCUUCAGUACUGAAGAACACGGCCUUUUGCUUCAGGACAGCUUCCCACUGCCAUCACUGUACGAGGUUCUUCUGGGUGUCGAUGUACCACAUUAUUACUUUGCAAAAAAGCCAGGGGAAGCUGGGAAAGGACAAGCGGAGUCAGGCUCCACGGUCUUGCAGAUGGCUUCCAGACGACCCAUGAGAGAUUUCAUUGGAUUAGGAGACUGUGAUAAGGCUACCCGGGAUGCCAUGCUGAACUUCAGCUUCUAUCUGACUGCUGGAGACAUGGAUGAGGCGUUCAAAUCCAUCAAGCUGAUAAAAAGUGAGGCUGUCUGGGAGAACAUGGCUCGCAUGUGUGUGAAGACUCAGAGACUUGAUGUUGCCAAAAUUUGCCUCGGAAACAUGGGUCAUGCCAGAGGAGCCAGAGCAUUAAGGGAGGCAGAACAGGAACCUGAGCAGGAAGCCAGAGUGGCUGUGCUGGCAGUUCAGCUGGGCAUGCUGGAGGAUGCAGAGCAACUGUACAAGGCUUGCAAGCGCUACGACCUUCUGAAUAAGUUCUAUCAGGCCACAAACCAGUGGCAAAAAGCCAUUGAAACAGCCGAGGCUCAUGACCGGGUUCACCUGCGCACCACUUACUACAGCUACGCCAAGCACCUGGAGGCAGUGGGGGAUCACGCUCUUGCACUCAGCCACUAUGAGAAGUCAGAUACACACAGGUUUGAGGUACCCCGAAUGCUGUCUGAUGACCUACAGGCUCUGGAGAACUACGUCAACAAGAUGAAAGACAAGAGCCUGUGGAAAUGGUGGGCACAAUACCUGGAGAGCCAGUCAGAUUUGGAAUCUGCAUUACAAUACUAUGCACUGGCUCAGGAUUAUUUUUCCCUAGUCCGUGUCCACUGUUUUCAGGGCAACAUUCAGAAGGCUGCUGAAAUAGCAAAUGAAACAGGAAACUGGGCGGCUUCGUACCACUUGGCCCGUCAGUACGAGAGUCAGGAUGAAAUCAAGCAGGCCGUGCACUUCUACACCAGGGCCCAGGCAUUUAACAACGCCAUUCGCCUGUGUAAGGAGAACAAUUUAGAUGAUCAGCUGAUGAACCUGGCUCUCCUGAGCUCUCCAGAAGACAUGAUAGAGGCAGCCUGCUAUUAUGAGGAGAAGGGGGAGCAAAUGGACCGAGCUGUCAUGUUGUACCACAAGGCAGGACACUUCUCCAAAGCACUGGAGCUGGCCUUUGCCACGCAGCAGUUUGGAGCCUUACAGCUCAUUGCUGAAGACCUCGAUGAGAAGUCAGACCCAGCUCUGCUGGCUCGCUGCUCUGAUUUUUUUAUUGAACAUGCUCAGUAUGAGAAGGCAGUGGAGCUGCUGCUCACAGCCAAAAAGUACCAUGAAGCUCUGCAGCUUUGCCUGAAGCAGAACCUGACCAUCACAGAGGAGAUGGCUGAGCGGAUGACGGUCUGCAAGGACUCCAAGGACCUUUCUGAGGAGUCCCGGAGGGAACUCCUGGAGCAAAUAGCAGAUUGCUGCAUGAGACAAGGCAACUACCACAUGGCAACCAAGAAGUACACGCAAGCUGGAAACAAGUUAAAGGCUAUGAAGGCACUGCUGAGAUCUGGAGACACAGAGAAAAUCGUCUUCUUUGCGGGAGUCUCCAGACAGAGAGAGAUUUACAUCAUGGCAGCCAACUACCUGCAGUCACUGGAUUGGCGUAAAGACCCAGAGAUUAUGAAGAACAUCAUCAGCUUCUAUACCAAAGGGAGAGCCCUGGAUCUGUUGGCGGGAUUCUAUGAUGUGUGCGCUCAGGUGGAAAUUGAUGAGUAUCAGAAUUAUGAGAAAGCACAGGGAGCACUGACAGAAGCAUAUAAGUGUCUUUCAAAAGCAAAGACCAAAAGCCCUCUGGAACAGGAAAGCAAACUAGCACAUCUGCAAAGCAAGAUGGCCCUGAUAAAGCGAUUCAUCCACGCUCGGAGGGUUUACUCUGAGGAUCCCAAAGAAGCCAUCAGACAGUGCGAACUGCUCCUGGCUGAACAGGACCUUGACAGCACCAUCCGGCAGGGGGACAUCCUGGGAUUCCUGGUUGAACAUUAUUUACAGGUGCAGGAAUUCCAUGUGGCUUACCAGUACCUGGAGCAGAUGCGGAAGAUAAUUCCAUGCACAAACCUGACUUACUACAUCAAGCAGCAGACGAUUGAGGCGGUUCACCGAGGAGCAGGCAUUCCCAUCAGCCAGGCCUUGGUUCCAGAGCAAAGUCAGUACAGCGAUGUGGAGAACAAGGAUGUGGAAGAAGAAGUGGUUGAUGAAGUGGAAGGCCCCUGACACCUCACAACGGCAACACGACUGACCUGAGCGCUGCUCCUUUACUCUGUGCUCUUCAGGGCUCACAGAUCAGGCAGCUGCUGCCACAAACUUUUUGGUUAUUACCAAGACAUUUAUUUUUUUCUGCUUGACUCUACAAGCAACAGUGUCCAAGUGGUGGAUGAUUUUAAACGCUGCGUACAAGUAGCAGACUGAACCCAGCCUGGAAUCAACCUCAGCUUUUGUAUUUUAAUAAAGAAA